AUGUACGCGCAAUUAAUUUCCUUCUCGACACUGGGCAAUGGGGAUAUCAUUUGCUUUCAGAAAUCCCUUCGAAAUCAACACAGUGAACAAUAUCGUUUUCCUGACGUUACUUCAUUUUUGAAAUACGUGCACAAUCGCCAGCUAAUAGGGCAUGAAAAUCUUAUUCCUAUAUCUCAUUUGCCAACUAACGGACCUCAGCUACUCGUCGAAGCGGAAACAACAAGUAUGAUGGAUGUACUGGCAGUGGAAGGUCCAGUAUCAGCCCGAUUUACAUGGACUGUCCACAAUUUCUCAAAGUUGAACUGGAAGAAAUCGUACUCUGAUGCUUUUAACGUAGGAACAUAUCAAUGGAGGAUACUGAUGGCCCCAAAAGGGAACAAUGGAGACCAUUUAUCACUUUAUUUAACAGUGGUAAAUACUGCAGCAUUGCCUUCUGGUUGGAUUAGAUAUACUCAAUUUAGCUUAGCUGUUCUCAAUCAAAUCGAUGACAAAUUCACAGUGAGAAAAGAUACUCAGCUCCAGUUUAAUACAAGAGUGCGCGCAUGGGGUUUCGCAUCAUUCAUGCCUCUUACUGAACUAUAUGAUCCUAGAAGAGGUUAUCUUGUUGAUGAUAAAGUCAUACUUGAAGCUUAUGUUACCCUGCCUUGA